UCCCAUGACAUGAUGCGACCCACCCCGGACUCGGUCUAAAAAGUCCCUACCGUCUCCCUUCGUCUUCUGCAAACCCUACGUCAAUAAUGCCCAAUCCAAAACCCUAACCCCAAGAAAAAAAACAAAAUGGCGAUCGGCGGCGGAGGCGGCGGAGGGGACUCUCCGUACACGACGGCGAAGACGUCGGUGUGGUGGGAUAUCGAGAACUGCCAGGUCCCUCGGGGGAGCGACUCUACUGAAGAAGGUUGCAGCGGCGUUCAGCAAGCGCUCUCCAGCACCGGAAUCGCCCUCAACCACGUUCCGGCUGGGGUUAAAGAUGCGAGCGAUAAAAAAAUUCUAGUUGACAUGCUUUUCUGGGCAGUUGACAAUCCUGCCCCUGCAAACUACCUACUUAUAUCUGGUGAUCGUGACUUCUCUAAUGCUCUUCAUCAACUACGCAUGAGGCGAUACAAUAUUCUACUCGCUCAUGCACCAAAUGUAUCCCAGGCACUUGUUGCUGCUGCUCGAAGUGUGUGGCUCUGGUCAAGCCUCUUGGCUGGAGGAUUACCGCUGAAUAAAUCAGAGCCGAGUUAUCUUGGUAAUGCAUUUGGUUCUAAAACCUCAGAGGCAAGCAACAAAACUGUAGGGGAACCGGCUUGUAACGAUAUCUCUAAUGUGAGAGCUGAAGCUGAUAACCACUUUAAAGGUAAUAAGCAAACUCGGAAAAACGAAGCUUUGCCAAAAGGAGACAUAUCUAAAACCUCAAGUCUACCAGAGAAUAAAGAAGGUCAUAGUAUCCAAUUUCAAAAGCAAAUGUCUAUGCCUAUUAUGUCAAGCUCUGAAGAACGUGAACGUAUUCAGUUAAUGGAUACUACAGUAAGUUCUUCAUACUCAUCAAUUCAGAAGCCAUCCAAUGUGCCUCGUGUUUCCUAUCAAUCUGAGGGAAGAAAGUUCAAUAAAGCUCCACACGAGUUCUUUAUGGCCAAUAAACCUAGGGCAUCAGUUGGGUCUUCUAAUCAGUCUCAUCCUUGCGGUCCUGUAAACAAUGGAAACAACAUCUUCAGCAACACGCCACCCCAGAAUUGUCAACCCUUGAGACCAAGUGCAAUCCCACCUUCUCAACCUCAUUCUUCCCAUUACGAUAAUUAUGGCUCUUAUCCGUCACCACAACAGCAAAGUACAACACCCUUCAGGCCAGGCCCGCCACCUGAUUUCAGUAGGCAUGCAUCUGAGUAUCCAAGUCAUGGUUAUCAAAAUGGUCCAUUUCCUCCCCAAGGCUCAGGGCCUCCUGGUUACAUGCAGAAUGGACUACCAUUUUACCGCGAAAAGGGACAUGGACCUCAGUUUAAUGCUAUGAAUAGCAAUAUAUCCUGCAAUGCUAACAUGGGAAGCCCAGGAUGGAUGUCAUCCAGCUCUGUGCUGAGUCUUACAGGAAAUAUUCAAGGUGCUUUAAGCAUACUGAAAGCCAAUAAGAUGACCCCUACUGAAGCAAAUAUAGCAGAUUGCAUCCGAUACGGGAUGGGCAUUCACAACUUUAAUGUCAAGAUGGCCUUGAACUGUGCUGUUGACAACAAUAUGGUUGUUAUGCACAAGUUGGGUGCUAACCUUCCAUUUUAUAUUGGGAAGCAUGAUAAACUUUGGAAAUGUGUAAACCCCUUGGACUCUAAUGUUGGACAUCCAAAAGCAACAUGGGAUGCAAUUCAAAACUUCUUAUCUUCUCCUCGUGGACAGUCAGCAAUAUCCUCUACUGAAUGCAGGUAUCACGCCGCAACUGUUUUGAAAAAAGAAUGUCUGGAACACCUACCUUUGGGUGAUAUACUUCAGAUACUGCACGUGAUAGUCCAGGCCAAGAAUUGGAUUGUACCUGGUUUUCAUGGUUGGCAGCCUUUAGCAUUUACCUUAAAAGUUGGAGCAGAUAGCAAAGCAGGUGUUGGUAUUAGCUGACAGUUACUGAGAAAUUUGGAAAGUCAGUAGUGAAACACAACUGGUUCUCAGAGACUAGACCCUUUUGGCACAGUUUUUAGCAGUGGACGAUAAUGGCACUGUAUUAGAUAUUUUCUCUUUACAAGGUUUUACAAGUACCUAAUGAACAGUUAUGAGAAUCCUAUAGGAUUGUUGGUUAUUUUUGGUGUACAUGGCCAGCCAUCUUUUCAAGGUAUUUUCUAAGCAUGCAGUUUGAAGCUGGGCUUUUCGGAAGAUAGAUUCCUGCUCAAUUUCUUAUGAAAGUACAAUCUCCAAAUACAGAUUAUUACGGUUAGAUAACUAAGGUGAUAUGGAGGGCCUAGUCUGAUUCUUCGGUCACUUUUUUCUGCUUAAAGCAAACAAUCUAUAAUUUAGUGGCUUCUUGAAGCUUCUUUAUUCAGUUGACAGCCAGUUUAUUCUCAUCUUCCUAGUUAUCACAGUUAAAGAUCAGACAUAAGUUCUAGUGUCUGCAAUUGAUCUUGCUUACCUGGUUUACUACUUUCUGUUUUCUUUUACGGCUCUACAAAAGAUUGGGCAGCUGGUAGGAGGUUAUUCUGCAAGAGGCAAAAGCGGUGGUCAGCAUCUAGCUCAGCUCUGAUAACGCGAGUGUUUUCAAACUGAAGCAGCACAGAUCCUCAGUAGCAGAAGUCUUUGAAAUAUAUCAUCUAUAUGCACAUUUAUCUUCCUUAAUACUCUAAAUUGUUGGUGAAGAAUCCAUUUACCAUGUCAUCAUCUUUCCAGCGAGUCACUCUCGACUAUGCUGUGGACGUUCUGAUCUGUUAUUGGGAGUUUACGCAUUUACCUUGAAUCUUUCACUUGUUCUUCUUAUCUCGGGUGCAUUAAGUUGCUUAUCAACGAUGUUCUAUGUUUUGCCUUUCUUUCGAGUCUAUUUGAUAAGACAGUAAGACGGUUGUCUAUUCCCAGCACGUUAAUAAGAAUUUGAAGGUUGUACUCUUUUUGUGAUCAAUAUUGGUCCGGGGGAGGUAACAAUAUUCUGUGUUGUCUGCUGGAAUCAUUACUGUUGUAAUUCUAAUAGUGGGAAGAAAAGUUGUAGGAAUGUUUCGGUUA